CGCCGACUAGCGGAGGGGAGGUGCAAUUACAUGCAGGAGCCUUAAUCAUGUCUGUUUCUACAUAAACAAACAUCAUCCUGGGGAUGGACAAAGUUCCUUAGAUCAUCAUUUGAUCACCACCUUAGAUCCGAUAACAUUUAAUUAACAUUUACUCUUUAAGCGCUUAAUGAAGGUUAUUUAGCUGUAGCCGCCGGCGUGAUUCUGUAAACUUUUCCUGCUGUACACAUUUUCAAACUGUGGAUUUACAGAUAGCUAGUCGAGCUAACUGGCAAAGUCUUCCAGUGGAUUUCCUGAUAUCAAAUUCGACAGCAUCUGCAGCAUCCAGAUCCUGUAAAUGGGGAACAGUGCGCUCAAAGCUCAUUUGGAAACAUCUCAGAAGACUGGAGUCUUUCAGCUGACCGGAAAGGGGUUGACAGAGUUCCCAGAGGAGCUGCAGAAACUCACCGGAAACCUGCGGACAGUUGAUCUGUCCAACAAUAAAAUUGAGGUGCUUCCAGAAUUUAUAGGAGGUUUCCAGCAGCUCAAGAGUCUCACCAUAAGCAGCAAUAAACUGACCUGUCUACCAAAUGACAUCGGGAAACUCAAGAAGCUGGAGACUCUUAUUUUAAAUGGGAACCAGUUGAAGCAGCUUCCUUCAUCGGUGGGUCAGCUGAAGUCCUUGCGCACCCUAAGCCUCUCUGGGAAUCACUUCAAGGAGUUUCCCAAUGGACUCGGCACCCUUCGCCAGCUUGAUGUCCUGGACCUGUCCAAGAAUAAGAUCCAGGUGGUUCCUGCAGAAGUGGCCGAACUGCAAGCCAUUGAAAUCAACCUCAAUCAAAACCAGAUUUCAACAGUGUCUCCAGAGGUGUCCCGUGCUCCCAGACUGAAGGUCUUACGGCUGGAGGAGAACUGUCUGGAGCUCAUCUCUAUCCCUGUCUCCAUCCUCACAGACUCCCAGGUGUCCCUUCUGUCUGUGGAGGGCAACUUGUUUGAAGUUAAAAAGAUGCGUGACCUAGAAGGAUAUAACAAGUACAUGGAGCGUUUCACUGCAACCAAGAAGAAAUUUGCGUGAGCAGUCAGAGGCUUGCUGCACCUGUCCUCUGCAUUGGGCUUACCGUAGAGAGGUUUCAGCUGGGACUGCUUUUGGAAAUGGCAAGACGGGAAUGAAAAAAUGGUCAAGACUGCUUCACAACAUAGUAGAACGACGGCUCAGAAACCUUAGCCCUGCUGUUCAUCAUGUUACAGUACAGACCGCACUUUAUGGACCUUGCAUCACUCUUUCUUUUGCAAAGAUUUUAUAAACCGAAGUAUAACACAGACUCAGCUUUAUGAGGACAUUUACACUGGAGGAUGGUUGGUUUAUUGUAUAUUCAUGUAUACUAAUGUCACGUGUUUAUAGAAGGUCUGUCCUUUAGAGAGAACAUAUUAUACGUCCUCUACCCUUAAAGUAUGUGCUAUUGCUUAGCAUCUAUUGAUUCAUUUAUUUUAAAGCAUUAGAGUUAGAACACACCUUUGUUCCCUUUUUCAUGUCUGUUAUUAUUUGAUAAGAACAUUAGCUUGGGCAUCAAUGAGGUUUUAUCUGUUUAACAUGAUUUUGAUUGAACUGUGAUCUCAAAACUUCCGUUAAAGAAUAUUUGCUGUGAUAUUUAUUGAAACAAAGGCUGCACAUAAGUCUUUGUUGAAAACUGUCCAUGAAAUGAAUGACAGUGGAUAUUUAUUUGCAACACAAAAUUCAGUUUUAAUGCAGUACAUUUGCUUUUACACACAUAUACAUGCUGCAUGUUUUCUGACCAUAAAAGUGCAUUUUAGUGAAGGACUAUGUAUUUUCAUGCAGUUUUUUCUUCGUGGUCAUGUCUAUGUGUCCAUCUAUUAAUUACACACUUGAAUGU